AUGAAUCUAUCAAUUCCUCAAGAUAUAGUCAUUGAAAUAUUGUCAUGGCUUCCUGCUAAGUCUUUAAUGCGUUUCAAGUGUGUUACCAAAUUCUUUAAUUCUCUUGUUUUUAAAUCAAAUUUUAUGGAUAUACAUAGAUGUCGAUCUCUGACCCGUCCCGGUGGAAAAAAGUUAUUUUUGCACAGAAGUAAAUUUUACUGCACCUCUGAUCAGCAAAAGGAAGAUGGAAUAAACUCUGCCUCCAUUCUUCAAAUUGAGAGUUUUGGUGAACUCUCCUUUCAUAUCCAUGUAGAUCCUCGUUUGAAUUGUGUUAACGAUUUAUUUUUACUUUGGCAACCAUUAUCUGUGCAACCUGCUACAAUCUUAAACCCUAGUACAAGAGAAGUGAAAUUGCUUCCAAGCCUAAUCGAAGGUUUUUCUUGGUGUCACUAUUCAUUAGGUUUUGAGCCCGAAGAAAAGAAGUACAAAGUUCUUUCGACAGCAAAAUAUGAUCAAGAAGGUUACAUAAAAAACAAGGUUUUCACUUUAGGCAUAGAUGAGACAUGGAGAGAGACUAAACACAAUCCCUCCACUAUUCAUUGCAUGCCCGGGAUUUGCAUCAAUGGAGUUAUCUAUAGGUUUGUUUUCCACAGAGGACUUCUUGCUAUAGCUGAAUUUGAUGUUAAAACUGAAAAUUCCAAACUUAUUGCAUUGGGGGAUGCCCUUCACGGGUGGUCUUUGAUGUUUAUAGAGUUGAAGGGUAAACUAGCUGUCAUUGAUUAUAAAACACGUUCACAUGAAUAUAUCUAG